GCAACCUUUCUCGUCCGAAUCCCGAGAAAUUCGAGUCAACCGCGAGGGGGCAGGACACGGGCGGGCGCACGCAUUCGUCGGCCGCGCGGCGCCACGGGGGAAAACACCGCCACCGCAGACGCGCAGACGCAGCCACCGCAUCGGAGAGGGAGGCGGACACCGGAGGAAAGGCGACCCGCGGAGCGCUCGAUGUCGUGGCUCCGCAACGCGGUGCACCGCGCCGUCGAGGCGGGCGGCGGCGGGAUCUCCCUCACCACCCGCACCGUCCGCACCUCCCUCGGCACCGUCGUCCACCACGCCGGCCAGGCCGUCGUCGGCGGCGCCAGGCUCAUCAACGGAAUCGGGAAUCGGUACUACAAGAGCUUGAAGCUGACGGCCAAGAGGCUCGAAGAGGCAGCGCUCUCCUACAGAGGGGAGGAGAGGGUGCAGCUGCUGCGCCGGUGGCUCGUCGGUCUCAAGGAAACCGAGCGCGCCACCGCGGCGACGGGGGAGCCGCACCAGGCCGACGAUCCCAAUCAACCUGCGCCUGUGUUGGAUCAGUACGUGGAUUACGAGAAGCCGAACGAGCUGAUGAACUUUUUCCAUGUCUUCCUCUACAGUCAAGCGCUCGAGUGCGUUGUUCUGUCCAUGAUUUUGGAUGCCCCAACUGAGGAAGAAGGUUCGCUGCUCUUAGAAAUUUUCGGAAUGUGCCUUAAUGGAGGGAAGGAUAUGCACAGUACAAUUUUGAGCAGCAUACAUGACUUGGCAGGGUUAUUUAGAAGUUACAAUGAUGAAGUAUUGGCAAAACGUGACGAACUGCUUCAGUUUGCUCAAUGUGCUAUCUCAGGGUUAAAAUUAAAUGCUGAAAUUGCAAGAUUAGAUAAUGAAAUCAUGCAGCUGCAACAAGAGAUAAAUGCAAUUGAUGCCCUGCGAGCUAAUUCAACCAAUAAACGUAAUAAAGCAUCUCAGACAGUCCCUGCAGAGUACUUCAAAACUGCAGUUGCUGAGGUUCAUCUAUGCUCCAGAAUGGAAGACCUUGUACUAAAGAAGAAAUCAAUAAAUUCUGGUGACUCUUUGGAGACUCAUUUUCAGAAGGUUGAUAAGCUGAAGGUUUUGUCAGAAUCCCUUGCAAAUUCGUCUGCGAAAGCGGAGAGGCGUAUGAUGGAAAAUAGGGUUCAGAAGGAAGAAUCUCUUAUCUUCAGAGUUACCAAAACAAAUGAAGUUAGUACAGCUGAAAAGGAAUUAGUGAAUGAGAUCUCUGGACUUGAGAAGCAAAAGUAUCAACUUGAGGCAGAACUAAACAAAGUAAAUUCCAAACUUAAUACUGCUGUGGUGAAGCUUAAAAAAACUAGAGAGGAGAGAGACCAAUUUGAUGAAGCUAGCAAUCAGAUUGUGCAACAUUUGAAAGCAAAGGAGGAUGAACUAUCAAGAUCUAUUGCUUCCUGCAAAGUAGAAGCAAGCACUGUCCGUGCAUGGAUCAACUUUUUAGAAGAUACAUGGAAAUUGCAAUCUUUUUAUGAAGAGAUAAAGGAAAAGCAGGCCAAUGAUGAACUGGAUAGAUGUGGAAUCUGCUUUGUGAAUUUGAUUAAGCAUCAUGUUUCUGCAUGCGUGGAAGAGCUGAGCACUUCUAUAGAUCGUAUAAAGACCUUUGUUGAUAACUUGAAUAUUUUCAGUGACAGAUUGGCCCAGGAUGGAGAUGAUGUUCUGUCGAAGCAAUCAAACCCACGUAAAUACCUCGAGCAGGAAUAUUUGGAAACUGAGAAAAAGGUUGUAGCCGCAUUCAGUUUAGCUGAUAAUAUCAGAGCAUUAACAUUUCCGAAUCCUGAGCGUGAAACCAGGCGAGAUGAUCCUGAGGUGAAAAAUCUGUUCGCCAAUAUCGACAAGCUGCGAGUCGAGUUCGAAUCGGUUCCACGGCCAGUACUGCAAAUUGAGAUCAAAGAAAAAGAAGAGAAAUCAAGAGGAACUCGAUCGCUUUCCUUCAAGGGCACCGGCACACCGAGCCAUUCAAGAAGCGAGUCCCCGAUCGCAGAUCAACUCAGGACACGGCUACCAUCGGAGUCCGACUCAGAGCUGGAGAAGUUCGACGAGGAGUACAAGGAAUACUCGGCCGAUGACAUCAGUGGAUGGGAGUUUGAUGAGCUUGAAGACGACCUAAGAUCUGGGCAACUCUAGUGAUCAGGGAACUCACGUAUCUUGAUUAGUCGAUGUAAAUUUGUUAGCACCAAAAUCUGGAUAGCACAGAGUUGUGUACAUUAUAAUCUUCGUUUCUGCCCACAAGUUUUUGCUGCAUCCUCCUGCGAACGUUGAGUCGCCUUGCUUCUGGACACAUGUUGGGACUUUGGGAGGAGAGCCGUGUGAGAGGUUUGAUGUGUCCACAUCUCCCAUGAAAUUGACCACUCUCUUGUGUACGUACAGUACUGUACAGUACAUCAUCGGGCAUCCAGACUUGUAAAAAGUCAACUUCCUCCUCUUUUA